CACUACCUCCUCCCGGAUACCACUUUUACUUCAGUCUUAUCACUGCUCCGAUCGAUGCGUAGUUUUGUAACGGCGGUACAGCACUGACUAGUGUUGUUGAAGGGUGCGUCUUUGUCGUCACUGACUCAGAAUGCUUCAAGAAUUGCAGCUUUUUUCGUACCGCGUGGCUGAAAUUAAGCCUUAAAGUGUCCUCAUGGCGUGUCGGCGCAAUUUGAAGUAACAGAACUAGUCUUGCAACAUUGAAAUGUUCUUUGUCGGAGUGUAGCAGGGCGGCGUCUCUCCGCUUCGUGGGGAGUUGCCUCGCACACGGUCUUUGAUACCCAAUGAAGCGGAACUCAGGGAGCUUAGUUUGAUCUCUUCAUAUUUAGUUAUCACUGCCACACGAUGGGAUGCGAACUGCCUCCUGCUCCACAGUAACGAACUGAACCGGACCUCUCUGUCGCCUUAAAGACAGUGUUGCACACUCGUGACCACGAUGAAUACAAAGCUGAAGGUCCUCGUCGUCUUGGUUCUGCUGACCACCGUUUGCUAUUUUGUGCGAGAACGUGUCCUCGACUAUAUCCACCAGCCUCUGCCUGACUUUUUGGCUGACACAAAGUCCUGCCCUUGUGACAUCUGUCUGAGUGAGAGCAGCGCUUGGUUCAGGCGAUGCAUCAACAAGUCUGUGGAGCCAGUACUGUCCACCAGAAGCAAACUGUCUGAGAACGACUUUAACUGGUGGAAGCGUUUACAGCAUGAGCGUCGUGACUUCAAAUUCUACCAGGACACUGUGGCCAACCUGUUCAAGCUCUUUCCAUCCCCUGCGGAUGUCACUAAACAUGGACCCAACCACUACCGGACCUGCUCAGUGGUGGGGAACUCUGUGAAUUUAAAGAAGUCAAAAUAUGGACUACUCAUCGAUUCCCAUGAUGCUGUUCUAAGAAUGAACUCCGCUCAGGUGAGAGGCUAUGAGGAAGACGUGGGGAGGAGAACCACUCAUCGAAUCGUGUACCCUGAGAGCGCCGUGGACCUGGACAACAGCACUCAUCUUGUCCUGUUUCCAUUCAAGAUUCAGGACAUAGAGUGGGCCAACAAGGCUUUCACCACAGGCUUUUUUGGGAGGUCGUACAUGCCUGUGAAAUCCAAGAUUGUAGCCAACAAGAAUCUGGUGAUGGUGAUCGAUCCAGCGUUCAUGAAGUACGUUCAUCAAGUGUGGCUGAAUGGGAGGGGCCAGUAUCCAUCCACUGGCUUCAUGGCAUUGAUCCUUUCUUUGCACAUCUGUGAUGAGUUGUACGUGUUCGGCUAUGGAGCGGACAAGGAUGGAAACUGGAGUCAUUACUGGGAACCACUUCGAAACCUGCACCUUAAAACUGGAAUACAUCCUGGAUCACACGAGUAUGAGCUCAUCAGGUUGCUGGACAAAGAGAACAAAAUUCACUUUUAUACAGGCUCCUGAUCCACCAAAUGAAAAUGGGUCACUGGAGGCCUUAAAAGACAAGAUGUGGCUGGACAAUCUCUCCGUGGCUUUGAGACUCCUUCACCCUCAAGUGCCGUCUCACAGGAAGUCAGAAUCAGGAAUGUUCAGUCACAUGAGCCUUAAAUUGAGUUAAAUCGCUUUCUGAUGCAGGUCUUUGAAACUAGCUCUGUCCGACCGCUUGGCUGUGACCUUAAUACAGAUGUACAGAUUUUUAUUUUCAUGUUCGAAAGAGAUUAUUUAUUUGUGAAUGAAAAGCUCAUUUCGGGGAAUAUAGGAGUAGAGCAGGGGUCUGCAACCUUCUUUCUAAAUGUGUGAAAUUUAUGAAGAUUGGUUUGUCCUCCACAAUGAAUUGUCGUCCCAAGAUUUGCCUUCUUGCCUUCUAGCCUUCUUCACAUGUUCCAAAUUCUGAUUGAGUGCACUCUGUUUGAGCUCCUGUAUGAACAAUAUUGUUGUCCAGUGUGAUAUUCGUGGUGCGAUGUGAUGCUUAUUUGGACUCUGUAGUCUGUUAUGACGCCUAAUAUUCUAUACACAAAAGAAUGUGAUACAGGUGUUGUUCAACACUGGGAACUAUGUGUGCAAUACAGUAUUUUAUCAGUCCAUUUUGUCAUAUCCAUGUAAUUACACAGUGCCAUGUUGUUGGUACAACAUCAGGUCUUGUUCAUUCCUGGAAAGGAUAGUGUCAUGUAAAAUGGUGUCUUGUAUUGUCUUGGUGUUGUUCUCUCACCCCUCUGAAAGGAGUUUGACCACUUGUUACUGAAAGGUUCCGUGCUCAGUGGGCAGGUGAGAAGAGGGGACGGUUGCAGACCCCCCGAGGAUGAGAUGUUUGUUUUUUUUUCAUGGAGACAUUGUAUUGGGUACACAAAUGUGUGGGCUUGUCUUUUUGCAUGACUUAUGGAAAUCACCUGUGACCUUAAAUGCGACAGAACAUUUGAAUGUUUUUCCAGCUGACUGACAAUCUGACAGGAAUUAUAAAAACGACUUUGCUUUUAAGGUAAUGAUGUUAUUUGGCCUUUUAUUAGACUAGAUACCAUGUCCUUUAUUCACACAGUGGGGAAAUUCAACAUGUCACAGUAGCUACAGGCAAAGGCACCGAGUACCACAAGGAAUGUGCCACUGAUAAAGUUUGCGACUUCAGGUAUUGUGGAAACA